AUGGGCAUAUCACGUUGUGGAACAAUUGCAAGCAUCAAAUCAGAUUUGUCUGAUUGUUGCCCCGGGGUUGAUGCACGUUUUUGGAAAGUGAACGAUUCGGCUUAUGUAGUACUUGUCGUACGCCUAGUCCAAGUACCUACAUUCUUUGUUUGCUCGAACAUUGUCUCUCAAUUGUCACACAAUACAAGUCUAACUACUAAUAGUGAUUGUUAUACUGCCAUGGACAACAACAAAGACGCUCAAUAUGUGCUUUAUUAUUGUUAUGUGUUUGAAAUAAUCUUUGUUCAUUGUCAAAGAAAAAAGAAUUCGGAG